GUUCAGACAUUCAGAGAUAAAACUGAGACUGAGACUUGAGACUGAGAGAGACAAGAAAGAAGAGGAAAUAACAAAGCUGAAUACGAUGGCGCUGGUUCCUACUCCUACUCCUGUAACAGAAGAACCAGUAAUUGCAGAAGUAGAUAUGGGAUCUGAAUCAGCAGCAACAACAGUUCGAGCUACUGUAGUACAAGCUUCGACUAUCUUCUACGACACUCCUGCCACUUUAGAUAAGGCAGAGAGAUUGAUUUCUGAUGCAGCUGGUUACGGGGCACAAUUAGUAGUAUUUCCUGAAGCGUUUAUAGGUGGUUAUCCCCGUGGAUCAACUUUUGGUGUCACAAUUGGCUCUCGCUCAGCCAAGGGCAAAGAGGAUUUCCGGAAGUAUCAUUCCUCGGCUAUUGAUGUGCCUGGUCCCGAGGUUGAACGAUUGGCUGCAAUGGCUGGGAAGUACAAAGUGUAUCUGGUAAUGGGUGUGAUAGAAAGAGAGGGAUACACACUCUACUGCACAGUACUUUUUUUCGAUUCUCAGGGACGUUACCUUGGGAAACAUCGCAAACUCAUGCCAACAGCACUUGAACGUGUAAUAUGGGGGUUUGGAGAUGGAUCAACAAUUCCGGUGUAUGAUACUGUGGUUGGAAAAAUAGGUGCUCUUAUUUGCUGGGAGAACAGAAUGCCCCUUUUAAGAACCGCAAUGUAUGGAAAAGGAGUGGAAAUCUAUUGUGCACCUACAGCUGAUGGAAGGGAUGUGUGGCAAGCUUCCAUGACUCACAUUGCCUUAGAAGGAGGAUGCUUUGUUCUAUCAGCAAACCAGUUCUGCCGUAGAAAAGACUACCCACCACCACCAGAUUACACAUUUACAACUAGUUUCGGUGAAGAAGAUCUGUCACCUGAUUCUGUUGUAUGUCCUGGAGGCAGUGUUAUCAUUUCGCCGUCUGGGACUGUUUUGGCUGGACCAAAUUAUGACGGAGAAGCUCUUAUCUCCGCUGACCUUGAUCUUGGAGAAAUUGCACGAGCCAAGUUCGAUUUUGAUGUGGUUGGACACUACUCUAGACCUGAUGUGCUGAGCCUAAUUGUGAAGGAUCAUCCAACAACUCCAGUUUCUUAUAUGUCGACUGCACCCAAGGCAGAAAGCCUUUGAGAAACCAUAGAGCCAUAUUUAUGCAGGCCUCACUUACUCUUAUGCAUCCAGAGAAGAUUUUGAUCUUUUCUCCUAAUAAGCGUCAGUUUAGCGCCGUUAUUCUUGUAUUUUGAUUGUUGUAUGUGACUAUCAUCAUAAUACAAAAUUACUAAUGCUGAACAGUGCUCACAAAAAAACAACAACUCUUGUUUAUUGUGGUGUAUAUACCAAGAUUAGAUGAUUUUGGCA